GUCCUGAAGGAUGCAUGAAUGGGGACCGAGGGUCUGGAAGAUGGCCCCACUCCCAGGGGCAGAGCUGGUCCAGAGGCCAGUUCAGCUCUACCGAUACCUGCUGCGCUGUUGUCAACAGCUGCCCACCAAGGGCAUCCAGGAGCAUUACAGACACGCGGUCAGGCAGAGUUUCCGGGUUCAUUCAGAUGAAGACAGUCCUGAGAGAAUCCAGCAGAUUAUUAAAAGAGCCAUUGAAGAUGCUGACUGGAUCAUGAACAAAUAUAAAAAACAAAACUGAGACUCUGGGGCCUGAAGAACGAAGCUGUCCUAAAGACACUGAAGUUGAGAGACCGUCUCCUGGAGCUAAUCGGCGGCGGCAGUUCUGAAACAUCCAUUGGCCUUGCUGGCUGAGAGCAGGGAAUGCGGGGCGGCAGAAGCUGACGUUUGCUCAGAUGGCUCCUUCUGCCACGUCCUGUGUCCCCAGCAUUCUCGAUGUUUGCCUUUCCGGCCGGUUACAAUGUGAGAUUUGGGGAGAAUAUGCUUCGGCGCUUUGCUUUGAACGUGGUUCAUUUUAUCUGGAUGUUGUCCUUCGAGACUCAGAGGGGGCGUCCCCUCCGAUGGCAGACGUGCAGAGGACAGGGCGUGGGUUUUAGAAUCAGUCGGGUCUGGGUUCGAAUCUCAGUUCUGCGGCUUGUCAAGGGCGUUGCCCUUGAGCUCAGACUCCUCCUCUGUCAGGAUGAAAUACGAUGAGACUGCAGGACCUGGUGCACGGUGGCGCCACUAAAUGUCCCCCUGAGGAGGCCAUCCUGCGCCGCCCCUUCCUCCGCUCCCACGGAGCUCACACAUCUCUCUGGCACACUCCUCGACGGGCCUUAGUUGUUUGCGGGCUUGUCCCGCCCUGCUUGUUGUCCCUGAACCCUCAUGGGCCCACCGGGCCUAGCCGUCCGCCAAGCGGCUACUCCUCCUGGCCCUGUCCUUCCUUGAAGUCCUGGUCCUUGUCCUCACGGAGUUUCUAGUGUCCCUGAAGUGGUGACACGCAGGCUGCACGGAACAAGGAAGAAUGGCAAGGCAGCGACGGGAGACACCGAAUCGUGCAGGCUCCUGUGAACCUGUGACCUGCCCCAAUGGCCCUGCUUUGCCUCCGUCUCGGAAGGAAGAAGGGAGGCAGGGAGGACGGGAGGGAGGUGGGGAGCAAGCAUUCCUGUGGGUUAUGGCGAGCCUGAAAUCCGUGGAGAGACAGGCUGUUCCCAGUUGGAACACAUGCAACGCAUCCCAGUUCCACAGACGUUGCUCUUGGGAAACAUACUUGGCCUAGUUCAGCCUCGGUUUCCCCAUCUCCAGUGGAGGAACGCCCACGCCUACCUGCCAGGGCUGCAGUAUGGAGUCCUGAGCUCUGACGUGAGCCAGGUGCUUCACACGGAAGCUGGCUCGGAGAGCUGGCUGCCCGCCGUGGCUGGUUACCAGUUAGGGAGCCUUGCUUCGCAGAUGGGGAGAUGGAAGCACGGACAGGUUGAGCCCCCUUUCCUGGUCACCUGGCGGCUAAGCCAGGUGUGUCUGAAUCUACGAAACACCACGGGUUUGGGAGGGAGAGGGGAGCAGCAGAGGGAGGGAAGGCGGCCAGGAAGGACUGAGAGGCCAGGCCAGAGCGGAGAAGCCACGUUGGGACCUGAGUAUCGUCCAAAGACUCUCAGCAGAGGGACGAGCUAGCAUGUUUGUGACCCUGCUUCGUCUUACGUCUUAAAGUGACUCGGAUACAUCAGUAUGCGCUUGACUGAGCAGCAAAUAAGGAAGUAAAUAUAUCCGUUUUUGAAAGCUC